AUGUCCGAGAGCACUGUUCCUACCUUCAAGCUUGUCCUUGUCGGUGAUGGAGGUACCGGUAAAACCACCUUCGUCAAGCGCCACUUGACGGGUGAAUUCGAGAAGAAGUACAUUGCUACCCUCGGUGUCGAGGUCCACCCUCUGUCGUUCUCGACCAACUUCGGUACCAUCUGCUUCAACGUAUGGGAUACCGCGGGCCAGGAGAAGUUCGGUGGUCUCCGCGACGGCUACUACAUCCAGGGCCAGUGCGGUAUCAUCAUGUUCGACGUCACCUCCCGCAUCACGUACAAGAACGUGCCCAACUGGCACCGUGAUCUUGAGCGUGUUUGUGAGAACAUCCCUAUCGUGCUUUGCGGUAACAAGGUCGACGUGAAGGAGCGGAAGGUCAAGACAGGGAACGUCACGUUCCAUCGCAAGAAGAACAUUCAGUACUUCGAAAUUUCCGCGAAGUCGAACUACAACUUCGAGAAGCCCUUCCUUUGGCUUGCGCGGAAGCUCGUAGGCAACCCCUCCCUGGAUUUCGUUGCUGCUCCUGCUCUUGCGCCUCCAGAGGUGCAGGUCGAUCCUGCUCUGAUGGAGCAGUACCAGAAGGAGCUCGCUGUGGCCGAAGCUAUCCCCCUGCCAGAAGAAGAUGAUGAUCUGUAA